GGGCGUCUCAGGCUUGUAGCCUUCAGUCCAACGGUCAUUCUUUUGUGACAUUAUCUUACGCUCUAUGGCCUUGGAACGAAUCAAACAACUCUCCUCACAUUUGUAUGGAGCACCCAAAGGAAUAGCUGCGCUGAAACAGAAACGGCCAGAUGACGUGGUCAUCACAAUGGCUAUCCGCUCACCUCUCACGAAGGCUAAGAAAGGCGGGCUCAAAGACAUGACCACCGAUGAACUCAUGUUGGAGAUGUUCAAGCAAACUAUCUCGCACUCUCAAUUUGAACCUGCCUUGGUCGGUGACAUCUGUGUGGGGACCGUGUUGACACCGGAUCCAGUUUACCAUGCCCGAGGAGCAGCGCUGGCAGCAGGAUUCCCAGAGACCGUUCCGAUACAAGCCAUCAACCGCUUCUGUUCAAGUGGACUUAUGGCAGCAACCACAAUUGCCAAUCAAAUUCGUUCAGGGCAAAUUGAAAUAGGACUAGCUGUCGGGGUGGAAUCUAUGAGCCAGAAUCCUGACAAGGGAGGUCCUCAACAAGCUGAGGAUGUCGGCGCCAACAUAGCUGCUAAAGAUUGUACGAAACCCAUGGGAUGGACCAGUGAGAACGUUGCCGAAGAUUACAACAUCUCCCGCGAAGAUAUGGACGAGUUCUCGGCCAAAUCAUAUCAACGGGCUGAACAUGCUGAGAAAUCUGGCUACUUUGCUAAGGAAAUCGUACCUUUUCCUGCCUACCAGAAUGACCCAACGAGCGGUACACGCAAGAAAGUUGUGAUCCAGAAGGACGACGGCAUCAGAUAUGGUACCACCCAAGAGAAUUUGUUGAAAAUCAGGUCGGCAUUCCCUCAGUGGGGAAAGUCGCGUACGACCGGAGGAAACGCCAGCCAGAUAACUGAUGGUGCAGCAGCUGUCAUGAUGAUGACGAGGGAAAAAGCAGAGGAACUCGGUCUAAACAUUCUGGGAAGACACGUUAGCACUGCUGUUGCAGGCGUUCCACCCCGCGUUAUGGGUAUCGGUCCUAUAUUUGCUAUACCAUUAGUCUUGAAGCAUUGUGGUCUCAGUCAGGAAGAUGUAGAUCUAUUCGAGAUCAACGAAGCUUUCGCUUCGCAGUGUCUUUAUUGCAUACGAGAGCUAGGAAUAAACCCCGAAAAGGUGAAUGUGAAUGGCGGAGCUAUUGCCUUUGGACAUCCUCUAGGCUGUACUGGAGUCCGGCAGAUUGUGACAGGUUUGAACGAACUUCAUCGGAGGAAAGGCGAAGUUCUGCUGACCUCGAUGUGCAUUGGAACUGGGAUGGGAGCUGCUGGGAUUUUCUUGCGUGAAUGAGAAGUUCUGUGGAGUCCUCAUAAGUCGCCCGUAUAUAUGUCAGCCUCAUCAACUGGUAUUCAUCGAAUCCUCCCAUCGCUAUGAUGUACUUUUGCCUUGCGACUGCAGCAUAUUGAUCUUUUUUGCACAUGCUAUCUUGGCACAAGUUUUGAUACGGUGUCGACUAUUUCGUGAAUAACUCUUACCAUCUAAUAAAUUUGAAGCCUUC